CCCGUUAUCGAACGUUAUCGCGGCCCGGGUAUGAUAUAAAGACAUGUAUAUACAAUGUAUGUUAAAUGUAUUACUAUUAGGUGUCAAUAAAUUUCAACUUAUUUAUGAGACAUAAGAGCUACAUUGUGUACUUUCAUCCCCAUGUUACAGACUGUUAAGAACAUUUGCAAUAAAAUAUGUGGCACUGAUAGAUAGUUACCACUGCAUAUCAUGUUACAACAUUCAAUGUUUAUACUUGUAUGUUAUAUUGUAUGUGUAUUGUUGAGGUAAAAACUGUGAGUGCAUGUAUGCUGCUGCUUAUAGAAGAUAAUGUAGGAAGGGAAAGAACUAUUAACAGAAUGCAAUAUGUAUCAAAAUUCCAUUCUAUCAUAUUUCAAGUGAUAAUCUAUGGCCAAAACACAACCAACACAUUAUGUGAACUAAUGUACUUGUAGUCCAGUACUCUGGACCAAAAUAAAGAUUAUUUGUAUGUUUUCUACCCAUUUGCUCUUUUGUACUCUAGACAAAUACAUUGUGAUUGAUUAAAUGUAGAUUCAACUUACAUUGUAUCAUUGACUUUUGAAUUUGAAGUGUUUCUACAACAGGGGCCUAUAAGAUUGUUAUGAUUGAUGUGUUCUUAAGGUCAUCGUGACUUCUCCGUGUAAAAGUACACAAAUUUAUCAUUAUCAUGUAAAUCAGUUUCAAUCUUGCAAAGCUGGUUUGUUCUCAAGGGAACACAGACAAAAACACACUAACUACCACUUCUUUUGUCUUUAAUCUGAGGGCAGCUCCCUGCUUGUGCCGGAAACGGAUCUAGAAAACGUUGAGUAGACAAGUAUGAUGAUCAGAGUUAGCAGAGCUUUCCUCCCCAACACUAUAUAUAUAUAUACCCUGGGUUUCUAAGAAGCUAAACGGGCCUCAGGUGCAUGAUUACGUAGCAAGGAUUGGGCUUGACAUACAUGGUACGUACUGUUGGUGCAUUACAAUGAAAGGUUGCCAGGGAAGUGUCACUAUGCGGUGUCUAGUCCACAGAUUCAUUUCCUGUGGAAGAGCAUGUUUUGAUCAUCCAGUCACCUGUUACAUUUUGCAGUAGGAUUACUCCAUUGCAAGUAAUCCUUAAAGCAAAUCGGCCGUGACGCCAUACUGACGUCAACAAGGAUUCUGGAUCGGAAAGACAAUUUGGCUAAGACAGGAUUAUUCCUCAUGACUAAUGUAGGGUUCUCGGCAGUAACCCAGCCAUUCUGUUCACCUCUCAACGUGCCUGAGACAAUCAAAUUCUGCCCAGCCCAACUGCCUUUGCAGAGAGAAUUCUAGUCUUUGUAUUCACCAAGGCAUUAUGGAAAUGGAUCACUACAUUGCAGCCAGGGGAUAAAUCCAGCACUGUCAGCACUGAAUGCCAGCUUAUCGUGCAGUGUAAGCCUUUGAGCUGGCAGCAUAAGGAAAACCACAGUAUCAAGUUGAUCAACAGUUGCUGUCAUUCAGAGUCUGAGCUGAAGAAUUACAGCAAUUACAUGACAGCAACCAUCAUACAAGGUAUGGCGUCUGCAGUGGUCUCCAACAUGUCAACAGACAAUGGCACAGUUACAGUCCCUCCUGCCUCUAUGCCUGCAGUGUUUGGGCCAGUGGGAACUGCCACGGCCAUCCUUUUCAUGUUCUUUGGAGUUUUUGGAAACAUCGUAACCAUCAUAGUCUCCUGGAAACUGAACAAGCAAAAAAGCAGUGGACUCAUGCACUUGUCAUCAGCGUAGCUGCUGUAGACUUAGCAUUCAGCCUGAUUGAGAUGCCCCUGAAUAUUGAUAGGUACAUUAACAACCUUGCUAGGAACACUGUGCUGUGUCAAAUCCAUGCUUAUAUCCCAGGUACUCUUGUUGCCAUACAGGUAACUCACAAUACAUACAUUAUCUUCCUGAAGUACCUGAUUGUAGUUCACAACGUCAAGAACUUUCCGGAAGGAAAGACAAACCUCUUAGUGAUUGUGCUCCUCUGGGUACUGCCUGCCCUGUUUGCCCUCUUCACUGUGUACUGUCUUGGCAACAGUGACCAUUUUCCACAGACUCUCCAAUGUACCAUUUUGAACUGCCGCAAUUCAAAAGUAGGGGUCGUGGCUCUAGUCUUAGUGUUAGUUAUUACCACUUACAGCCAAGGUAGAAUUUUUUGGUAUGUGAAGAAGAGUCAUAACAACAUAAAAGACGUCAUGAUCACUACAGCUGUCAACAUUAACAGGAUUCAUGAACAGAAGGAAGCAAGACUAGCUAAAACAUUCACCAUCUCUUCCAUGGCCCUUUUGUUAGUGUACACACCAAUGACUGUCCUCAAGGCCGUGGACAAAGAAGUGAAACAACCAUAUGAGCUGUACUUCUUUUGUUGGGUGUUGAUUUGGACAGCAGCAUUUCUGAACCCAGCAGUGUAUCUUCUGACAAAUAAGCAGUUCAGAACAGCUUGCUGGAAGUUGUUUGUGAAACAGACUCAAGUACAAGCAAAGAUGACACAAAGGCAACCAAUGGAGGCAGGGGUGCAACCAAUGGAGGCAGGGGUGCAACCAAUGGAGGCACAGGAGAAUCUGAUGGAGACAAGAAUGCAAGAGGAAAAGGGGAAACCAAUGGAAGAAAAGGGACAACCAAUGGAGGAAAAGAAGCAACUGAGACAAGAACAGGGCCAAACUUCACAUUGCCAAUGUCAAGCUGAACUAACCUCACCUUCACAUCAUUUCUCAAAUGUCUCAAAAUCUCUAAACAUUCCGGUGUUAAGCACACACGUUUCCAUGCACAGUGUGUCUUCAGGAGUUAAUGAUUAACCAAUCAGUUGGAUCCAUCAGUUAACCUGCUUGUAUGCUAUUCAUGGCCAGACUUUAGUUAGCCUUUUAUUCCUAUUUAUUCCUACUUUUGUCAGGCUCUGAGUUGUAUGUUACUUAUACUGUACAUAUCAAUGGAAACAAAUGUAAAUUCAUCUGUAUAAUAAUGUAACGUUACAUGCAUCUGAGGCAAGAGCAGGUUUCACUUUGUAUGUUUGAGAUACCAAUAAGGUACACGUACAUUAUCAAUAACCUUAUCUGUAAAGUAAGUUAGCUGUGACCUGGCCAUGGCCAUGACAUUGUAACCUCCAGGACACUGCCAUAUCUCACGGGACACAAAGAUGCCUAGGCUUACAUAUAGACUCCAUUUACAUUGGGCUUAGCAGCACAUGUAAGCUGUUAAGAGGAUUAUAAAGAGGAUUUUGCUUACAAAACAUGUUUCUUAGGGAAACUGAGGAACUAUGACUCACUAUCCAGUUUAUCGUCUGCUAAGAUAUAAUCUGCUGACAGGUGAUUGGUGGUUGUAACUGACAAGCAACUGGAAGACAACCGCAUUUAAUUAAGGGUUUUUGAGUUUAAAUUAUCAAUGCUUAAUGUCUGUGACAUAUUGGUCUAUAAGUGUUAUACACUUGAGAAUGUUUAAUAUGUGAUUUAGUGUUUGAAAGUA